UGAAAACAACAGUAACUCACAACACGUCUAGUUAGCUAAUGAACUUGCAUAAUCUAAAAAAUGUCGAAAAUAAAUUUGUUGAGGGUUUUUCUCAACGAGAGAUUAACAGCUGCUGCCGAGGAGAUAUUCGGAGUUGUUGAAAAAACGAUUGCAGAGUAUCAGGAGGAAGUUGUCCGUCUACAGAGUCUGCUUGACAUUGUUCUUCAACCUAAGAUAAAGCCACACAGAGCAGACUUCCAACAGCUCACUGUUUCUGAACUGGAGAUUCAACCCGAGCUUCAUCACAGUGAGCAGGAUUGGAUUCCCAGUCUGGGGCCGGAGGACCUAGAGCCCACACAGAUUAAAAAGGAAGAACUCUGGAACAGUCAGGAAGAGCAGUUUCAAGGGCUGGAGGAUGAUGACAAUGACUCCUCUCCUGCCUUUGUAAAAAGUGACAGAUAUGAGGACCCAACUCAGUCCUCACAUUUCUAUCAAGCCCAGAAGGAAGGAAAUGGCGACAGAGACCCUCUUUCUAUAACUGACCAGAUAAAAACAGAACCUGAUGGAGAAGACUACGGGGAAUCAGAACCAACUCAUGUCCCCCAUACCCUCAAUGUAGUAAAUCCAGAAUAUUCUGCAGCUCCCAGUGAAAAAGGUGAUCUAGGUGGUAUGGAGAAUCGAGAUCUGUUACAUUUUAAUCAAGUCAAAUCAAAGAGAACAAAGAUGAUAAAAGGACAAAGCUCACAUAUUAAUACUACGGGUUGGAAAUCCUCUCAUUUAUCUCUCGUGAAAUUACCCAGUCAAAUGAAUGCUACUCCCUGUUGUUGUAAAGUGUGUGGCAAAUCAUUUCAUCACAUGGGUUCGUUAUUUAAACACGUUCAAAUACAUACAAAGGAAAAAGAAAAACACUGUGGAGUGUGUGGGAAGAAUAUGGAAUCCACAGAACGUAUGAAAGAUCACCUCCAAACUCACAUUGCAGCUAGGUAUUGUUGUCAUAUUUGUGGUAAAUGGUUCACAUUUAACAGUAAUCUUAAAACCCACAUGCGGAUUCACACUGGAGAGAAGCCAUAUCGCUGUCCUUACUGUUGCAAAGGAUUCAUUACUGGUGGUGAUCUUAAAAAACACGUUAGGAUUCAUACGGGAGAGAAGCCAUUUUGCUGUCCUGAUUGUGGCAAAUCAUUCACUCGAAGUGGACAUCUUAAAAGACACAUGAGAACACACACAGUGGAUAAAUAAAACCAUUACAGUCUGUGGAAAAUUAUUCAGCUCCAGGAAUAAUGUGAAAAUGUGCAUAGUUUCAGUUACAUCAUAUAGGCUUUUCUAAUUGUGUCAGGUCUUCAACACCCUGUACAGCAGAUGAACCAAUGUUAUUUUCUUUCAUUCAGAUAUGACUCAACACUGUUCUUCUCUGUUCUCAUAUUUAUUUUGACUAUUUUUGUUUGUAUCAACAACCCAAACUUUACAACCAGUGGCAACUUACUCAGAAUACACCUUUAAGACACAUCCCUACAAUUAUUACCAGGUGAUGGGAUUGCAACCCUGUUAAGCAUGGCCCUUGGUGAACUCCAACGUUAUGUAGACAGUGACACAUUUUCUUUUUUGGUUCCGUAUUCCAGCAAUGAAAUUAUACAGUUUCUAAAGUGGAGACUGUCAGCAUUAAUUUGAGGGUAUUUUUGUCCAAAACAGAUUAACCAUUUAGAAAUUUUACCAUGUUUCGUACAUAAUCCCCAUUUUUAGUAUACCAUAUGUAUUUGGGCAAAUAUAGCUUCACAGCUGUUUCUAAUUAAUUAAGCAGUUUCUGUACUUUCAAAAUGGUUACAUUACGGAUGAAAAUAGCCUCAAAUUAAAGCUGACAACCAACGUUUUUGGUUUGUAAUUUCUGUGAAUGUCCAUAAUAUAAUGGCAAAAGGGCGGGAUGAUGUUGUUUUGCAAUUUUUCUAGCUUUUUAAACCAGGCAUAGCCUGUCACUUAAAAAAAAAAAAUCCAGUCCUCCAUCGAGGCCAGACGAGAUUGGAGGUGUGGCCUUGUGAGACUACAGUUUUACUAACCUGUUAUUAUUGUGAUUGUCUGAGAUAUUUGCCUAUUGAUUUCUGAAUUGUCAACAUUUUAGGAAAUUAAGGGAAAGCGCAAUGUAGAAAUUGAUGUAAUUUCAAGUCACAAUUGGUGUUUGUGAGAAUUUUCUUUCUAAAUAUGUACCAUUUACAACCCCACAUGUGAGACGUCUCAUGUGGUGCACCUCUACAUUGUAGAAUCCCUCAAUUGCAAUGUCUUCCAAAACAAUUUAUCAAAUUCUCUUAUCUCUGUGAUUGACACUGAAAUGCCUCAGAUUUAUACAAUCAACAUUUUACAGAGAACCAUACUGGUGAUACAUUAUUUAUAUAAAAACAGUUUUACUAUUAUAAAAAUGGGUUUUAAAACUUGAUUCUAAAUAUUUGGUAUGUGCGGUAUGCAAGUGCCAUUUCCAGAAUUAAUCUGUAAUACUUUAUUUGGGUUUAUCCACAUGUUCUCUGCUUUGCAUAGUUGUACAUUUAUUGCAAACUUUCUUCAUUAGUCACCAAAUUAAUGGGGUGUUAGGAUGUUCAGGGAAAUAUUUCAUAUAGUUGCAAUAAACUGUCUUCAAACUCAAAAUGUUAAAUUACUGCUUAGAGUUUUGUUAUAUUCGGUAAAAUUAACCAUUCUAUUUAUACGUUAGGGCCUUGAAUUUGCCCUCUGCAUUGACAUUACAAAGAAUGUGAAUGUAAAUGUUUGACAAAUCUCAAAUUGAAAAUAGUUAUAUUUACUUAUUAUUAGUAAGUUCGGUCUUUAAAUCAGUAAUCAGAAUAUAGGAUCUAAAUUGAAAUAAUUAUAAUUGUAUAUUGACAAGCAGCUUUCUUUGGUUUCAGUCAUUACAUUUUCAGUGUAUUAUUGCAAUAUAACUGCCUCAUGCAUUUAAAUUGUUUUAUUCCAAGACUAAAAUAUAUAAUUCAUUGGCAUCACUACAAAUGUCAUUUUUUCAAACAAUUGAACAAGAAGCAGCAGGCAAUCAAAUUGUAACGUUAAUAUUUGGAGUUUGUCAACAAGACACAAAAUAAAAGAAGGGGAAUGGGGAAGAGAGUGGUUUUCCUUCCUCGUCUUCAUUGUCUGUUAUUUAAAUUGUAUUGAUUAAUAGGUCAAGAACAAUUCUGUAAGAGUUAUUGUACUGUUAUUUUUGUAUUUGUGUCUAAUAAAAUAUUUAAAACAGA